AUGGUUAAACAUUGCCCUUCAGAAGAUAAAAAGAAAAGAAAGCCUUGGACACCCCAAGAAGACAAGCUUUUAAAAAAAUUUGUGAAAAAGUAUGAAAAGGAAAGGUUGGCAUGGAAGAAAAUUUCUUCAGCCUUAAAAUCACAUGGGUUUUAUAGGGACACGAAAGCUUGUCGAGAAAGGUUUUCGAAUCAUCUCGAUAGACGAUAUAAUAAAGCCAAUUUAACAGACAAGGAAAUUGACUAGCUUUUUGAGUUGAUUGAACUCUAUGGGAAUAAAUGGACUUUUAUUGCUGAAUAGCUGAACAAUAGAACAGAUUAGGACAUAAAGAAUAAGUUUUAUGCUCACGUCAAGAAAAUUAUUCGUCGAUUGAUAAAAGUUGCUUAUCAAACAACUGAAAGUUCUGUAAUCAUUGCGAAAAUCCAGCCCCUUUUGAUUUCCAGCAUUUAUUGUCAUGAUGAUGAAGAUAAUGAUAAAAUAUUAAAGAUUGAUGAUAAGAUGAAGGUUCUUUUUAAAUAGUUAAUUCGAAACAAUAAAAAAAUCAAAGUUGGAGAUAAAGUUGAUGACUAAACAAUAGAUUAGGUUAAAAAUAUAAUGAAAUACCUUGUUGAGUAAAAUGAUAAAUAUUUAGAGAAAAAGGUUAACAAGCAGGCAUAGAAGGUCUAAAUAAAGAAAUUGAAAUACAAGAAAACAUUUAAAGUAUAACUAGGAUUAGAUUAAUAAAAUAUAAUCAAAAAGAUUUAAGAGAAGAAGCCUAUAUUUACAACUAAAAAUAUCAAAAUUGAAAAAUAUCUGUUUAAUAUUCCUCCACCACUAAUGGAAUAGACACCCAUGCCUGAGUUCAAGUGUCCAAUAGAAAAUGUGUAUAGUUAUUAACCAAUGCUUAUUUCUAAUCCUUAUUGGGAUACAAUGUUCUCAAAUAGUUUGUUGUUUAGAAUUCAAUAUAAUUAAAAUACAUAUGGAAUGUUGUCAGAUAAAUAUUGA